UAUGUGGAAUUCGCAGUCUGUGCCUUACUAGUCACGAAUGUUUUGGGAAGAAUCUUCUAGCGAGUUUUCCGGUGGCGGAAGCACUGAAUUAAGCCUCGAAGCCAGGUAUGCCCGGACUAAAGCAGUGCUAGAAAAAUAUGUCAGUGACGACAAAUUCCGAAAGUGUCGUAACGCCGCCGUUUUGGAGGAAGUUAGGCGCCUGAGAGAAGAACUCGAGAACUGGAACUUUUAUCCAAAGAAAGACGGAUUGGAACAAAUAUCGAAGGUGUCUCCGACAUGUGUUAAUUCAGGCACUAGCACGGACGAUUUUCCUGCUCUAGUUGAUGCAGGGGCGCAAACUCAACAAAGCAACUGGCUGGAAUGUGACGAUCGAUUGGUUGAGGAAGAAUGCUUCCCCAUUACCCGCCGAGAGAGCAUUUUUUCCUCAGCGGUAGUUGUUCCGUCUGAUGCCCCUACGCAAAAUGAAAAUAUUGGUUUCCAUCAAGUCCCUGAUCUCAACCCUGCAGUUCCGAAUUUAGAGUCAGAAGUGCGAACAGAUGAAGACGUCCAUGAUGUGGAUAUGCAUGAAGUAGAUGAAGUUGAAACUAUUAUCGCCGUUGAUAUUGGGGCAGGAAAAAAUCAGCCAGAAAGUCAUAUGAUCACUCCUCCAACAAAUGAAAAUACUAUCCACACUGAAAAUUCACAACAUAAAGCGCCAGUCGUGAUUGACUCAUCCACAGGAGACGAUGAUAGUUUUUUUGAAGAGGGUGCAAAGUCAGUGAAUGCUGCGUAUUUGAAACUCCUCGGAGCCGGAAUGAAAAGACAAAAAGCCGACGAUGUCGAUAGUCUCGACGAUGACUUGGAACGACGAGUUUCGGCUGAGGUUGUACAAAAAUCGUCCACUGGAUCUAUGCCAAAGCUCGGAAGCAUUCUCAAGAAAAUGGGGCAAGAAAGUGACGAUGAAUUCGUUGUUGAAGGAGGAAAAGCAUCCGAUGAUGACGACGAUUUCUAUUGAUACGUUCAUGCUGUUUAUGCAUGUCGUGUGAUCUUGAUUUUGCUUGGAGCAAGAUAUUCAACUAAAUGACGCUGUGUCCACUUUUUUGGGCUGCGCUACUUUUUGAGCGCGGAAUAGAAAAGCUGUAAUAAAAUUCAGCCAUUCGGGUCUUGAAAUA